AUGUUCGAGACCACGCUGACUCUGCCGCGCACCAGUGUGGCCCUCACCGAAACGCUGGGCAGCGCCGGCGGUGGAGCCUCCACAUCGACGGCUGCGGUCGCCGUGCAGACGAGCAAACGUCGUCGCCGGCGGCGCAAUAAGAGGCGACGCAAGUCCUCGCUCUCCAGCAGCACCGAGGCGCCCUCCUCCCGCACCUACGAUCCGGUGAUGACGGGCAGCGGUUUGCGAUCCGGUGUCUCAGCGACGAGCUCGGGAUCAGUGCGUCGGGGACGGCAUCGCAGCGGAGUCAGUUCAUCUUCAUCGGCGGCGGCGGCGGCAGCAGCAGAAGCGGCGGGUCCUCUGAGCGGUGGAAGUAGUCCCUCAAUGUUCGUGGAUCCGCAGGACUACGUGGAGACGCUCGACUAAAUCUAGAUUAUUUACAAUUCGAAGUAGGUUAAAUUUUGUUGUUACUUCCGUUCUGAUUUUACCUGCGCUGGCCCUUCUUUUGACUGUUCGGUUCUGCUUGAGAUGCGACGACGUUUGGCGGCCUUUGAUUUAGCGUGAUUUUAAUACCGUUUAACAAAUAUUUUAUUUAGCCUCUGUAAGCAUUAAAGUGUGUAAUAUUAUGAUGUAAAAUUAAACGGCGAACUGUGCUGCGACACAGCCUUCGAACCGAAUUCCCCCCCGCCUCGAUUGUCUCAUGUCUUCUGCGUAUUGUUUUCACACGCAACUUCAGAAUAUAAUCUUCAACUUCAGAAUAUAAUUAAUUCAGAAUUAAUGCAAGCAUGAAUUCAAUUAACUGAAUAACCGUUUAAAUAUAUAGUAUGGAUGUGUAUUUAAGGAAAGAA